AUGAGAACAUUCCAAGAGCUAAGCCCCACCGCAAACAAGAUAAUCCAUCUCCUAAACAAAUGUACUUCUCCAACUCACAUCCGCCAAAUCCAAUCCCAACUCAUCCUCCAUCAUCUCCAUUCCAACACCACACUUGCCUGCCACUUUAUUACUGCCUCCCAAAAAUUUUCCCUCUUACACUCAUCUUUACCUCUCUUCUUCACCCACCUCCACAGACCCCAUGUUUUCAUUUGCAACACUCUCAUUAGAGCGUUCUCUCGCAUUCAUGACCCACUCAUUCCUUAUUCAAUUUACACCCACAUGCACAACAACUCUAUUCUUCCUAAUAACUACACCUUUCCCUUUCUUUUCAAGUCUUUGUCUAAAUCUAGGCACUACUUCAAAUGCCAAGGUCUUCAUUCUCAUGUUAUAAGAUUAGGUCAUCUGACUGAUGUUUAUGUUCAGAAUUCUUUGCUUGAUGUCUAUGCUUCGAGUGGUUACAUGGGGUUGUGUCGUAAAUUGUUUGAUGAAAUGUCUGAAAGAGAUGUUGUGUCGUGGACUGUUUUGAUUAUGGGGUAUAGGAAUGCUAAGCAUUAUGCUGAUGCUUUGAUUGCUUUUGAGAAAAUGCAAUAUGCGGGCGUAGUGCCUAAUCGUGUUACUAUGGUGAAUGCAUUAGGUGCGUGUACGGGUUCUAGAGCGAUUGAAAUGGGUGUUUGGAUACAUGAUUUUAUAAGGAGGAAUGGAUGGGAGUUGGAUGUGGUUUUGGGAACUUCUUUGAUUGAUAUGUAUUUGAAAUGCGGGAGGAUUGAUGAAGGGUUGAAUGCUUUUAGAAGCAUGAAAGAGAAGAAUGUUCAUACUUGGAAUGCGGUUAUUCAAGGGCUAGGUUUUGCUAAAGGUGGGCAAGAAGCUGUUAGGUGGUUCAAAAGAAUGGAGCAAGAAGGGUUUGAGGCAGAUGAAGUCACUUUGGCUAACGUGCUUAAUUCUUGCAGCCACUCGGGGUUGGUUGAUAUGGGUCAACAGAUAUUUAGUUCUUUGAUCAAUGGAAAUUAUGGAUUUUUGCCUAGUGUCAAGCAUUAUGCGUGUAUGAUCAACCUCUUGGCUCGCGCCGGUCGUCUUAAUGAAUCUUUCAAAUUAAUCAAAGAAAUGCCUUUUGAAGCCUCGAAGUCUAUCUGGGAAUCGUUUCUGAGAGGUUCUAGGGCUUAUGGCAACUUAAAAUUAAGUGAGAUUGCAGCUAAGAAGCUCGCAGAAUUGAAGUCAGAUAAUGGCGCUUAUUGUGUUGCUUCUGUCUAA